AAUAAACAAACAAACGAGCGGAAAAAAAUAAAUAACGAAGGAAAAAUUGAUAAGUGAAGUGUUUUCUGCUCUUCUGCUGAACAAAAUAUUCAAAUUUUAGCAUAAAAAUGCUCAAUAUCGAAGUCAAAUUUUAAAAAUCCUCGCAGCUCAUCUCAAACUUCUCUUGUACAGUGAAAUGAUAGCUCAACUUUAGUUUCAACUCGCAGUUUGUUUCAAAAUACACCAAAAUGCUGCUCAAGUCGAGCCAGCGAUUGGUCUACUUACCAACAAUCUACCGUCGUUGCUCAACUUACCAAGUGAAGAAGGUGAAUCAAAUUUGUUCGGUUUAUGCCACAAAAUCGUAUCUUUCUUCGAAUUUCACUCGCAGCUACAGCGUCGAAAUAGAAAAACCAGUGAUGAACGAACACUGGUUAGGUUCAAAGCCAGGAAGCGGAUUGAUCCACGGUCGAGCCGCAACUUCAUUACAAGACACCUUUAUUAGAAGUUUCGUCAUGAAUAACGAAGAAGCAAGUACCGAUGAUUGGAUAGAACUUAGUAGAAAAGUAUUCGAAGUUAAAGAAGGGAGUAUUAAUGAGAUAAAUUUCGACGGUAGAGUCCUAGAUUGCUGUAUCACUCUUAAUAAUUUGAAUCUUGGUCGAAGCUAUCUUAAAUAUUUAAGAGAUAUCGGUAGAAAAUAUAAUUCAUCUACCGUUUGCAAUUUUAUCAAAUUAUGUUACGAAAAUAGACGACUUUGUACGGAGGAGGAUCUCGCCAAGGUGGAACAAUUCACUAAGUAUUUACUAGUCAGGUACAAAGUAUUCGAUAGCAUCGUCGGAGAAAGCAUCGUUAAAGGACUCUGCCUGAAAAACGAUUGGCAAAAAUGUGCCGAAAUCGUUGAUCAAAUGAGAGAAUACAUCGCUGUAAAUAACGAAAUAAUCAGCGCCUUCGCGACGUGCUUAUUAGAAAACGAUGAGAUUCAGAAAGCUUGGUCUAUCCUGACCAAUUCCACAGAUAAGAAGCUUACACUUAGAAACGAUGUUUUUAUUGCUUGGAUAGAAAAAACUAAAUCAAACCCGGAUCAGAUUCAACAGCUAUUGAAGUUUCUUCAAUUUAGUAACGUGAUCCCUCGUAAAACAGUCUGUGAUCAUUUAAUUGCAGCGUUCUCGCAAUACCCACCGGAGAAACAGCUCACCGGAACUUAUGUUUCAAUAGAAAGCUCAGGUAAAUGCCCGAAUUGUGGAGAAAAAUUACAGAAGGUUGAUAUUACCGAUGAAGAAUUUAAUAUGCUUCGAGACGAAUUCCUUAAUCGUGUUUUAAUCCGAGAUGAUAUAUUUAAAAACACCACUCCGAAAGAAUUGAAGAAUUUUUUCGAAAUUGUUAAACGUAACGCGCCGUUCGAUAUCGUCAUCGAUGGAUUAAAUGUUAUUUAUAUGAGCGGUACCAUGAAAAGCGAACGUGUUUAUUCCAGACUGCUCACCGAAACAGUUCGCCAUUUCGUCGAACGUGAUCAAAAAGUAUUGGUUAUUGGAAGAAAACACAUGUAUAAUUACGCCAAGGAGAAUUUAGAAUACGUUCGAGAAAAUUCAACUCUAUUUUUAAUCAACGACGUGUCCGAAGAUGAUCCUUACAUGAUCUACGCAACAUUCUACAGCGGUCCUGAGUCGUGUUUUGUUACCAGAGACUUGAUGAGAAGCGAAAAAUAUAAAUUAUCCAGUGAUAAAUUAGCGUUGCUGUUCAAACGAUGGCAGCAAAGUCACCAGAUAUUCAUCGAAUACGUGAAUUAUUCCUCCGGCAGAGUGUUCUUCAAGACUCCAAUUUUAUUCGAGAUGGCUGCCCAACCUUCCAAAUUUGGCUGGCAUGUACCUUAUCAUCCAGACACCUAUAGUGGCACUGAUGAUUAUGGACUCCACGAACGUUGGCUUUGUUUGAAAAAUGAUGGUUGAUUUUAAACUAAUUUUGUAUUAAAUUUUUCUCUUUAUUUGUUU